AUGGACACACUGCUCCUCCUCCGCUCCCCUUUGUACCCCUCUCACCGUCUCAGAGCGGCGAGUGAAGAAGACGCAUCCUUCUUCACUCAAAUCCUGUCAAAGAGCGCCGUGAGGAUGCAGAUUUGGGACCACAAUGGCAGAACGAAAACUGUGCCCCUCGACACUUAUCAAACCUUUGUACCCAACACUGAUGAGGCAGAGAGGGCAGCUCUCAGACCUGUGGUCCCCACGCUCUGCACGCCCUGCUCAGUGCACUGCCCAACAGGCUCACUUCCAGCCGGCUGCAAAGUUUGGGGCCAGACUGAUGUAAAGCAGCAGGACAGACGCAGCUGCACUAUUAGCAUACGCCAAACGCUAUUGCUCAUCACCUCCAGCGGCUACAUCAUCAGCGGGGGUCCUCGCCAUCAGAGACCCUCCUUCUACAUCUUCAGUGACCAUUAG